UAAGAGUCAAAAUUCUAAAUUUCUAAUCGAAAAAGAAAACGCGAGGAAACAAAACGAAAAAAAGAAAACCCAGCGAAACAGAAAGCUAGAAACACCACCAGGGAGGAGAGAGAAGAGAGAGAGAGAGAGGUCACUCGCGAUUCUAAGCGACAGUCCGGUCUUUCUCCUUCUCUACCUGACGUUCGAUUUCUCUUUAAAAGCAAAAUUCUCGAUUUCAUUUUAUGCUGUCUGUUGAUUAUUAAAUGCCGUACGGGAUCAAAAUUCUCCAUAUAUACGGCAGAAACUCCGAUUCCGGGAUUUUAUUAUUAGGGUUUAGUUUUAGUGCUUGAUUUCCUGAAGAGCGAGCGAGAGAGAUCGAUAAAUAAAUAAUGUUAUCGAAUCAAUUGCAUAAUGGAAUGGAGACUGCGAAGCUAUUGUGGUCUCGGAUUCCAAGCUCAGAGGACGGUGAGGUUGACGGUGUUAGCAUGUUGAGAACCAGCAAUGGAAACACUGCUGAGAGUCUUGACUAUGAAGUUAUCGAGAAUCAGGCGUAUCGAUAUGAACAGGCGCAAAGAGGGAAGCUUUAUGUUGGAUAUCAAGUGGUAGUUAAGUGGUUCUUAGCUUUGCUCAUUGGUAUUGGUACUGGAUUAGCGGCUGUUUUCAUCAAUAUAUCUGUCGAGAAUUUUGCAGGCUGGAAGUUUUCUUUGACGUUUUCAAUAAUUCAGAGAUCAUAUUUUGCUGGAUUUGUAAUAUAUGUAUUAAUUAACUUGGUUUUAGUCUUUUCAUCUGUAUAUAUCGUUACACAUUUUGCACCUGCGGCAGCAGGUUCUGGUAUUCCAGAAAUUAAGGGUUAUUUGAAUGGGCUUGAUAUUCCUGGUAUUCUACUCUUCAGAACUUUGAUUGGAAAGAUAUUUGGAAGCAUUGGUUCUGUGGGAGGUGGCCUUGCUUUAGGAAAAGAAGGUCCUCUUGUUCAUACUGGUGCUUGUAUUGCUUCCUUGCUUGGACAAGGUGGAUCUACAAAAUAUCAUCUAAGUUUGAGGUGGCUUCAAGUUUUCAAGAGUGAUCGCGAUCGUCGUGAUCUUGUGACCUGUGGGUGUGCGGCUGGUGUUGCUGCUGCUUUUAGAGCUCCUGUUGGUGGUGUAUUAUUUGCUUUGGAAGAAGUUACAUCCUGGUGGAGGAGUCAACUUAUGUGGCGUGUCUUUUUUACCUCUGCUGUUGUGGCGGUUGUGGUGCGUACUGCUAUGGGAUGGUGUAAGAGUGGGAAGUGUGGGCAUUUUGGCUCUGGUGGUUUCAUAAUAUGGGACACGUCAGAUGGUCAAGAGGACUAUUCUUUUGGGGAGUUACUUCCAAUGGCAGUUAUUGGGGUUAUUGGUGGUCUACUUGGUGCGUUAUUCAAUCAGCUUACUCUUCAUAUAACCUACUGGCGACGGAAUUAUCUGCACAAGAAUGGGAACCGAGUGAAGAUUAUUGAAGCAUGCCUCAUCUCUGUUAUUACUUCAGCUAUUUCCUUUGGACUACCACUUCUAAGAAAAUGCAAUCCAUGCCCUGAAUCAGAUCCUGACUCUGGCAUUGAAUGCCCAAGGCCCCCAGGGAUGUAUGGAAAUUAUGUAAAUUUUUACUGUGGCAAGGACAAGGAAUACAAUGAUCUUGCAACGAUUUUCUUUAAUACUCAGGAUGAUGCCAUAAGGAAUCUGUUUAGUGCAAAGACAAUCCAUGAGUUCAGUGCCCAGAGUUUAUUGACGUUUCUGGUUAUGUUUUAUACUUUAGCAGUGGUGACAUUUGGUACUGCAGUUCCUGCUGGCCAGUUUGUUCCUGGAAUUAUGAUAGGCUCCACGUACGGGCGCCUGGUUGGCAUGUUUGUUGUUAAUUUUUACAAGGUCAACGUUGAGGAGGGAACAUAUGCACUGUUGGGAGCAGCUUCUUUUCUUGGAGGUUCAAUGCGAAUGACUGUCUCUUUAUGUGUAAUUAUGGUUGAGAUCACAAACAACUUGAAACUUUUACCUUUAAUCAUGCUUGUUCUCCUGAUAUCAAAGGCUGUUGGUGAUGCAUUCAAUGAAGGUCUUUAUGAACAACAAGCACGAUUGAGAGGAAUUCCACUGUUGGAAUCUAGACCUAAAUACCAAAUGAGAAACAUGAAGGCAAAGGAAGCUUGUGGAAAUCAGAAGGUUGUCUCCUUUCCCCGUAUUGUUAAGGUUGCAGAUGUCAUUUCUAUUUUGCAGAGCAACAUACACAAUGGCUUUCCUGUGAUUGAUCACACGAGAAAUGGGGAAACACUUGUAAUUGGACUUGUGCUUCGCAGUCAUUUGCUAGUCCUUCUCCAAUCCAAGGUGGAUUUUCAGCAUAGUCCUUUACCAUGUGAUCCAGCAGGUGUAUCGAAAUCAAUCAGGCACAACUUCAGUGAGUUUGUGAAACCUGUUUCCAGUAAAGGAAUUUCUAUAGAGGAUAUUCAUUUAAGUUCAGAUGACUUGGAAAUGUACAUUGAUCUUGCCCCAUUUUUGAACCCCUCUCCAUACGUUGUCCCUGAAGAUAUGUCUUUAACAAAGGUAUAUAAUCUUUUCCGACAACUAGGGUUGAGGCAUAUAUUUGUUGUUCCUCGUGCAUCUCGGGUAGUUGGAAUGAUUACAAGAAAGGACUUGCUGAUUGAGGAUAGAGAGGAUUCAGCUAAUGUGGAGCUCCAAUCAACUAGUGUAAGAGGGCACCGUCAAUAUAGGAUGAUCUCGAGGGAUGUGGAUGUGGAGCGCCCACUUCUUAAUGGUCUUCUAGUUCAAGAUCAUAUGCUUGGUUGAAAUUAUUGUCCGACCUUCCUCUUUGGGCAUGCCUGGUUCAUUCUGCUGUCCAAUCUUUCUCAAAAGACCGACUCCAUGUAGCUUCCUCCAUUUUUUUCCUUGUGAAAUCAGAUUGUUUCCUUAGCUUCAUCUCCAUAAAAUCAUCCUAGGUUAUAGGGUUCAGUAUGGUUCAUUAAUUUGUACCCCCUUUUAUGCAGGGGAUCAUAAACCACACCCAUCUAAAUUUUCUACAUCUGAUGAUAAUUGAUAUGAAGAAAAUUCAGGUGAUGAUGAGAAA